AUGACCAGAGAGAUUCCAUCCUACACGACAAAUUGUGAUGCCAAGAUACUGCGCAUUUUUUUAAUAAGACAUGGCCAAACUGCUGAAAACUCCAAAAAGAUUCUACAGGGACAUCUUGACACUAAUUUGAAUGAAACUGGCGAGGAACAGGCUCAGAAACUGGGCCAGUACCUGUCGCAAGAUAGGGGCAUCAAAUUUGACCAAGCUUUUAGCAGUGACUUGAAGCGGUGCCAACAAACGCUGGCAAAAGCACUAGAGCAAUACCCUGCUAAAGAGAGGCCCGACGUGGUUCUUGACGCGGGUCUGAGAGAACGUUCGAUGGGGGAAAUCCAGGGCAUGUUUUUAAGCGAUGCUGAGGCCUAUGCUACCAAGCACGGAAAGGCCUCAUUCCGAGACUUUGGUGAAAAGCCUGACGCUUUCGAGCGUCGACUAACACAAACCGUCUCUAACAUUGCAAAAAGCUGUGCGGACUCUCAGAAUAUCGCCAUCAUGAGCCAUGGCGGAUCGAUUCGCCAAUUGCUAAAAUGGUUCAACUACACCGAGCACGACAUGCACCGUAUCAUUGUGUUCAACACAUCAGUCACCAUAAUCGAUUACGUCAAGGACUCCCAUCAAUUCGAAGUGAAGCGGGUCGGAAACACGCAACAUUUGGGUGACGGUGAGUUCAUAGUGAGUGAUUUGCGGUUACGCUAG